GAAAACCGGUGCUCUGUCGACUAUUUCGAGUGCUGCAGCUUCACCGAUCUUUGCGGCGAGGAUGUCGACUGCCUGAUACAAGUUUCCCUCGUUCCACCUUCAGCGAGCCAAAGUAGUUCACCUGAAACAACCAGUUCUUCGUCAGAAACGAAUUCUUCGUCUGAAGCAACAAUCACACCUCCGUCGAUCGCCUACAAACCGGUCCCGCCCACGAUUCGAGAACCUCCUGCGCUGUCAGAGCCAAUACCCUGCGGGCGCAGGAACUUCGAUGGGGUCGGCGUGCGUUUGGCCGGAAGUGCCGAGAUACAACAGGCCCAAUAUGGAGAAUUCCCGUGGAUGGUGGCCUUGUUGCGAGAGGACACCAUAGGCAGAAGUCAGCCCAUCGACGUGUACGUCUGUGGUGCAGUGCUCAUCUCUCCCCACCUCGUGGCCACUGCGGCGCAUUGCGUGAAUGAUUACGCGAAAGGACUCUUCUUCAAUCUGAAAGCCAGGUUGGGCGAGUGGGACGCGUUGGCAGACAGCGAGCCGUAUCACCAACAGGACUUCCGAGUGAAAAGUAUCGUGAUUCAUCCGGAAUUCAGACCACGGCUGGUGCUCAACGACAUUGCCAUUUUGGUUCUCGAACACCCGGUUCAGUUUUCCUCCUUCGUCUCGCCGAUUUGUUUGCCAUCCGAGGCGGAAAAUGAACAGUACUCUCGGAUUGAGAAAUGCGUCGUCACCGGCUGGGGCAGGGACUCCUUUUACGGUAGGAUGCAGAAUGUGCUGAAGUUGAUAGAAAUCCCGACUGUGCCGAAGAGCACGUGUGAAGAAAAGCUCCGCGAUACGCGAUUGGGACCAAGAUUCAAACUACAUCCUAGCUUCAUUUGUGCUGGUGGUAAUGGAAUUGAUGCCUGCAAAGGAGACGGAGGUAGUCCACUAGUCUGCCCAUCGCUUCACACCGGAAGCGACGUUCAGUCCAUCCGGUAUGUGUUGACUGGGCUCGUAGCUUGGGGCAUUGGUUGUGCUGGGAUCCCCCCAGGCGUUUACGUGAACGUGCCGUACUUCAUGCCUUGGCUUGCGCCUUUCUUGAAGGAAUACGACCCCGGAUACGAUUAUUUCGGUCAUUCAUGAGAAUAAUUGACUUGUUUACACAGUGCACUGCGUAUUCUCACAUUUUGGACUGAUUAAAACGCCAAGAAAAUGAAUCGAUCUCGUAGGUGAGCGUUUUCAUAAUUUUAUUUCCUCUCAAACUAUUGCUGC